GCUGUUGUUGAUUUCAUAUCAAUUAGAAUUAUUGAAUUUAAUUGAUUUGUGAAAGUGAAACAAAAAACAAACGAAAUUUAUGAUGACUUCUUUACCGAGACGUAUCAUCAAGGAAACACAACGGCUUAUGGCUGAACCAGUGCCCGGUAUAUCGGCCGUACCGGAUGAUAAUAAUGCUCGAUAUUUUCAUGUUGUUGUUGCCGGUCCUGAAGGUUCACCAUUUGAAGGUGGUGUAUUCAAAUUGGAGCUAUUUUUACCGGAAGAAUAUCCAAUGUCAGCACCAAAAGUUCGUUUUAUGACCAAGAUAUAUCAUCCAAAUAUUGAUAAACUUGGCCGUAUUUGUCUAGAUAUUCUUAAAGAUAAAUGGAGUCCAGCCUUACAGAUUCGUACUGUAUUAUUAUCAAUACAGGCAUUACUUUCGGCACCAAAUCCCGAUGAUCCAUUAGCAAAUGAUGUUGCUGAACAAUGGAAAGUAAAUGAAGCUGAUGCUAUAAAAACUGCACGUGAAUGGACACAAUUGUAUGCAACGAAUAAUUCAUGAUUAAUAGCAGUGAAUGAUUUGAUGAUUUAAGAAUUCGAGAUUCAUCGUUCCAAACAACCAACCAACCAACAGCAACAACAACAACUACUACACACUAAACAUUAAACAUUCGAAUUUGAAAACAAAA